GUUGGGUGUACGCAUGCCUACGCUACCGUUAAUGGCGGCUGAGUUUUGAUGACUAUAGUCACCUGUGGGCGCGGAGUGGAAUAGUUUCGAUUUGAGUCACCGCGGACAUUGUAAUUGUUCAAAAACUCUGCACUGGUCCCGGCUCACAGACGCUAACAGGUAUACCUCAUUUUUGCACUGAUCAGUUUGGAUCUACUGGAAUAUUGAAUCGAAACAGAUUUACCCACAGAACCAGAAGCAGCAGGUUGUCACAAUGGCGUCCGAAGAAGAAGAGAUCGUGAUGACCCCUACAAAAAAGGGCAAGGCCACUCAUAUCAGGAUGGAGAGGAAGACACGUAUCAACGAUCCGUCCUCGCCACAAGUUGCCCAUGUUGCCGGCGGCGAACACAAAGGAAUAGUCAUCAACAAACAACAGGCUAACUCUGAUGAAGAGGUGUACGGCAAGCCUCAGCUCCAGCUGGGGUUCAUGUGUUUCUUGGUGGAUCAGAAGACUGGGCAGCAUUAUGUGGAAAGUCGGAAACUUAAGUUCUGGUACCAAGAAAAUACUGACUACUACCAUCAAGUGACGACAGCUUAUGACUUCUUCAAGGAGCUUGUCAGACCAGAGAACUUCCCUCGAGACUACAUCGGGUUCAUCAAGAAGUGCAUGAAGCAGAUGCAGGGAGAGAAGUUCUGCAUGGCCAAGAAGGUGGACCUGGAGAUCGAGAAACUGGACGAAGGGGAGGCCCCACUUAGCCCAGGCAGGACAAUCUCGCUGGACCAGCUAGGAGAAGAAGGGUUUGAUGGGUUUGGUCUGAUGAGAGAAGACACGAGGCCGACGGAGGAGAUUGUCCGUGAGAAGAUUCUGACCGUGUUGGAGUCGGCCUACCCCAACGUGCUGGCCGUGGAGGAUCUUGUCAGAAUCACAGCCUCAGAAGAGAUUAUGGUCACAGAGCAGCUGAAGGGUCUGUACGAUAAGGAGCUGGUGAAGGAGAUGGAAAAUGGUGGAAUUGUCAGGCAGGUGCUCGAUACGAAGACAGAGGUGAAGAUGGUGAAACAGAUGCCGACCAUCGCAUCCGGCCAGCAGCCCAGCAUCGCCAUCAUAACCGCUAUGUACUGUGAGAAGCUUGCCAUCGACGCCAUGAUGGAGAACAAGACCACCUACAUGAAGUACAAGACUGAAGGUGAAUCCAACGUGUACACCAUUGGGUACAUCGGAGAGCACAAGGUUGUGUCCACCAAACUUCCAGCUAUUGGACACUUCAGAGCUGCUCAAAUUUCUUCAGGAAAUUCCACGACCAGACUUCUUGGAUCAUUCCAGAACAUCGAACACGUGUUCGUCGUGGGUGCUGCUGGUGGUGUGCCACACGUUACGGACUACAGCAAACAUGUCCGCCUGGGGGACGUCAUCAUCUCCCGUUGCAACGACAAGGGCUACAUCUAUUACUACUGUGAGAAGAUUGUGCAGGAUCGCGAGGGUCAGGUCCACUACAACCUCAAGAACUGGUCCCCGAGAGACCUGGUCCUACAAAAGAUUGCAGAGAACAUUGAUGAAUCCCGACAGGCCAACCCUGAUUAUGCCCCUUGGGAGAAGUACAUCCAAGAAGGUCAAGACCUCCUAAUGGCCCAGGAAUCCAAGUUCGACCGCCCGCCAACAGCUUCUGAUCGUCUGUACAUCAACGUAGGUGAGGGUCAGGUGAUAGAAGUCCAGCACCCGGAACCACCAGAGGGCAUCGUUGCUCGUCAUGACGUACCGAAGUUGCAUUUCGGAGUGUUUGGAUCGGGAGCCCGGGUUGUGAGGAACGAUUCCACCAAAUUAGACUUUGCAACAAAGUACGGCAUUUCUGCCUUUGAUACAGAAUUCGAUCAAGUUUUAGAUUCAAUCUGCGGAAAUGUGAAGGAAAGUUUCAUGUUUGUCCGCGGAGUCGCUGAUUACCGAGAUGGCUCAAAGGGGAAGGAAUGGGCGCCCUAUGCCUCCCUGGCGGCCGCUGCUGUCGUUAAGACCAUCAUUAAAUCGUUGAAAAAUCGCCAUCUUGAUGACAUAUAGGUGCUUAUCCUUGAUCAAUCAUGACAUGCAAUCAUAGAAUAACUAUUCCCUAAUUACCUGAAUUUGGUGAAAAUUGGUGCUUUGGCGAGUAUUUGAUUUCAAGAGCUCUUCAUGUGGCAAAGUUUCACAUUAUUUGCAUAAUAAAUAAUAAGGUAAUUAUUUCCCUGUAACCAUCGUGUGAAAUUUCCUUGUAAAUUAUGCAUAUAAUGUCAGUUAGAAGAGUAUAGCUUUCAAUAAACACAUACAUAAAGGAACACACUGUAACAUCUGGUGUACGUAUAUAGAACUCUCCACUGGUGUGUACCAGUCCUUGUAAUAUUUACCAUAUUUAAUUAGGCUUGCUUAAACAUCUAUUCAGUAUUUAAUAAGGAGGAAUCAUUUAUUUUUCUUUUAAGGCAAUAAUCAGUGAACUGACUAUCUGGGACACAAGUUACAUAUCAGCUAGUUCCAUAUUGCCACUUUAGCUUUGGAGUAAAGCUAUUUCAGAAACAAAGUGCUGAUGUUGCCUUCAACACUUUCUGAACCAUACAUGCCUGAAAGUGUCAAAAUUGAAGCCAAUGACAAUCUGGAUUAUUCCCUAAUUCAGGCAUCAUGGUUUGUAGAUACUGAUUGUAUUAAUCAUCGAUAGCCUGCAUGAUCUUGCCAAAGCACCCUUGUAUUUUACCAGCUUCAUCAUGACCAUUAACAUUCCAUCGUCCCUGCCUUUCACAGCCACCUAUGCAUUGUACAUUCAACCCCAGUAAUAAUACAGUCAUAAGUGCUCUAUUUUUUGUAUGUUACUAAUAUAUACUGCCUGGGUGUAGAACUAGGAUGAGCACUUUCUGCUUGUGUGUAUGUGGUAUGACAUAACUUUCAGCUUCUCAUUCAUGUAUGCUUGAAUAUAUGGUGCUGAGACCAUUCAUACUCUUGUUAUGUGGGAAUAUAGAUAUACAUUUAUAAAUUUAAUAUGAAUUUAGUCUUGGAAUCGGGUUCAGAAAAAACAUACCCGCUAUGAACCCUAGAAAAAUACAGGUUUAUUCACGUAAGAGAGCUUAUGUUUUUUGUGGAGAAAAAUAAUACAUGAGGAAUUAUCAGAGGUGGGCAAGUUCUAUGGAAGAUACCUAUGUGCUGCUGUAGGUCCUUACUACAGACACUGUCCUGUUCCAUGAACCCCAAAACACCGAAAUAUAUAAGGAAGAAUAAACACCAGCCGAGUCUGGGAUUAGCCCAGUGGUUAGAGUGUUGGCUUGUCCUGCCUCACGCUGGUUUCGUUCCCUGGGUUCAGUAUGUUGAAAACUUAUUGUCCCCCCUGUCAUGAUAAAGUCUGUCACUAAUUUCACAGAUGUUUGAGCCAAAGAAACCAUUGUUGCAAACUCUUUUUAGGCGUUGAUUGAUUAGAAUUCUGAUGAUAAGAUUGUGUUUGACUUGGAACUACCUGAGUAUCGGUUGAGACGUUGUUAUGUGGUUUAUGUUUUGUUGAGUUGCUCACGAUUCAGACUGAUUUGAGAUCUGUAAACCAGGAACACCUGUGAUAAGUAACUUGGCAAUGUCUUCUAGUUUUCUAGGAAAAUGAAAGAAAUUCAGUUACAUUUACAAACCAUUCCAACUAUGAAGUACUUUUACAGCUUUGUGGCGAAUUGUUCAAAUAUUCUUGCCUAUUUUACUCUGUAUGAAAUAUGGUGGAAUGGGGGCUCAGUAUUUUGCUCACUUAAUGUCAUCGUCAGUACCGUGCACCAGGCUCCUCCAUCCCCCAUGUGUGCGUAUGACUGCUGUAACAGUCACACGGGUGGGGUUUUAGUCAGAUUAGACAAUGAGGCUGUGUAUUACUCAUGGCAUGUUCUGGAAUGAACACUGUGAGCCGUAGUGUUUGCUGACAUUAAAGCAAUGUGGACAGGUGGUGAUGUAAAGCUAAUCCAUGGCUUGACUUGGCUGCUGAAAGUUGCGGCUACACCACAUAGUGGCCAUAUGAAUUCUCCAUUCAUGGAGCAGGGAUUUACCUAGGAUUCCAGACUAAGAGCCCUUAGCAAACAAAUUGGGAUUUUUUGUUAUUCGUUCAAAAUGGGAAUUUUUUAUUUUUUAUUUGUUUUUUGAAGUUCAGAGGUCUUUUAACAUUGUAUGUUAACAUUACAAUCAAUAAUGUUAAACUAAGCAUUAAAACCUUUUUCUCUUUAUAUCAUUGAAAUACGUGUUGACAUGUCACAUGGUAUGGUUCAAUAUUAACAUGAAUUGGAAAUAUUUUAAUUCCAAUUUCUUAAUAUUUUCUGACAUUUGCUGCAGACUUGGGCCCAAAUGUCGGCCUCUGAGCAGGUCUAGAUAACUCCCUGUUCUGCCAAUAGUUGCCCAUGCUACUGACUCGGCACGAGAGGUGUGCCAAUGGUCAUCUCUUUCCGAUGUAAGCGACACGCAGUCACAAUCAGUGUUACGACUUCUGUUGUGUUGUAUGGUUGGAAGCCCCAGUGCCAACUAGUAACUCAAGGAUAUUGUUGUUUUGUGUUACGCUGGUGUAUUCUGUUUGUACACCAAGGUGUAUGCGGCCAUAAUAGUUUAAUUAUUAGAUUUCCAUGUUUUAUCAUCUAAAACAGAGAUGACGAAAACGUUAUGUGGUUUCAUAUUUGUUAAGUUCACGAAAUGCGCCAAAACAUGGUCCCAACAAAUAUUUGAUGUAAUUCACGUCUGUUGACAUUUAAUGUUCACAUGUGCCUCGACAGUUGGAGCAAAUAGGAAAUAUAUGAAAUAUAAAAAUACCAUACCUCCUGUCUGACAUUCUGAUAUUUCUUUUUUUAAAUCUAGUAGUUAAAUCAUUGUGGCCUCAAAUGUGACUUUCAUUGGUAUGAAUUUAUUACUAUCAUUUGUUACUGUCGAAGCUUGUCUGUAUAAAUUUGUUAAGUGACAAUGAUAUUUGGGUGUUUGUAACUUACAUGGCGUGGGUCAAGUCUUCCCAUGAUGUCUAUAUUAUGCACUGUUUUUACAUAUUAAAAGUUACUAUGGUUACGUAUAAUCUUGAUAUGACCUUGAUCUUGAAACAGUUAAGCAUCCCGGUUCAUGACACGUUUUGGAAAAUAAUACAAGUGAGUAGUUGUGAAUUGCAACAUGAAAAUUCAAAAGUGUUUCUAAAAUGUUUCAAAAGCUUUCUUUUGAGCUUUGAAGUUGAAGGUGGUUUCUGGUGAUGAUCAAUUAUCACAUUGCAAUGACCAUAUAUAAAUUGUUUCAUACACUGUGUUUAAGAAAACUACAUCUAAUUCUGUAACACAUGUUUGUUAAAAGAGAACUACUUUUGACCUUGUCGUAAAAUUUUCUCAUGUCAAACACCCGAACCUUUCCUGUUUCAUUUGUCGAGAAAACUUAAGAUCGGUCGUUUUGUCGUUCUUCUGGUGAGCACAUCUAAAUUUCUUGCUGCCCACGUUAAGUUCUAACUCUGUUGUUAUCUUACCUCCUUGUCUCCAGCCGGUUGUGUUUUCAGAGAUAUAUAUUUUGAAAAAUUGUUAAUUUUAUUUAUGCUUUAACUGUCCAGCCAUGAUUUUGUUUCUGGUUGAAAAUGCCUGUUACUCUAGUGUUCAUGUUGUUAGGAAAACACUUUCUGCUGAUCUCAGUUUAUAUCUGGUUGAGUUUUGUUCUGGCUAAUUAAAUCUGUUACCAUGGUUACUGAGCUACAAGUUUGUGCUAAAGCGUGUGUAAUAGAAGCUUCUGUAGCUGAUAGAACUUUGUGAAUGAGUGUGGAGAACUAUUUUUUGUCAGAAAUGACCCUCAAACAAUCUUGGUUACGUGUCCACCUUUUGUGCUUUAAAUAAAAUACUGUUACUAUUUUUAAGAAACAGAGGAUAUUAUGUGCUAUUUACAUACAUCGUCCAACCCAAAAUUAGGUAUAUUGUCUUCACUGGCCAUCCAUUAUAUCCAGAUACUCUGUGUAUAAUUAAAUUAUAGUUUAUUUUGACAUUGAAGUGUAGCAUCUUUAGGAUAGGGGGUAUAUGAAUAGACAACCUUGAGUGAUUUGUCCUCAUAGUUUCUGGGAGUGAAUAUAUUUUGCAGAUAUGCUCGAAGCUUGUUGUGUUUGUGAAUGUCACAUGAUCUACCAGAACAGAUAUCUGUGUAACGAGACACAUGUCUGACUUUCACUUUCUUACCUGUUUCACACAGCAGUUGGAGGAUUCCUGUCUUUUGAGGAAAAGAGCAAUAAACUAAACUAUUUAAUGAUUGAAUGAUAUUGUAAUAAUGACUUUAUCAAAUAAAUCAUAAAUGGCUACUGAUGUUGUCCUAACUGUUUGGUGUAUGUCAUGAUGAUAUGCAUAUAUAUAUCCCGGGCAUUGAGACUACCAAUCUCCAGUAUGCUUUCCAUAUUUGUAUGGAAAUUAAGGAGUAAAAAACAUUUUCCAUGGCAAUAGUUAUUUUGGUCCCUAUAUGAUACAAAUCCUGCUAUUUAUUGACCAUUUCUUAAGUGCUCUUACUAUGACUUGCCCAAUCAUGAUUCAGUAUUUGAUGUUUUAAACGUGUGUAACUAUUUCAUCAGUUUUAUUUAUUGUCGUCUUUGUAGCUGCUUGUUUGAAAACUCCCUGCUUCUCCGUCUCCUGUCUGUGUAGUGUUGCUGUAGACUCUUGUACACGUCUGUCAAUGGGUCAAGAACUGGUGUUAAACAGUUCAGUUUAUUAAAUUUAAUUUAAUUGAGUACAGUGCGUUAGAUAGUUUCAGGCUGUUUUGAGAAAUGUUUUCACAAACACCAGCUUUAUGACUUGCCAUUAUCAUAUACUACUCAAAAUAAGAUAAGGAACACCCUGCCAUGACGGAAUUAUUAUGGUAAUAUGAAAAGAAAUUGGGUGGUCCUUUCUGUUGAUGAGAGACUGAUCUGUGCUCAGGUACGUCUGGCUAACUAGUCAGGUGAGCUACACAGAAGUUUACUUUCUUAAUAAAGAUCCAUUGGAAUGCAGGCAUGAGCUAUUUCUCGCACUGGUUGAGCCAUUCUCAGCCUGUUUAGCUAACCUGAACCGAGGGUAGAUCUUUCAUGAUCAGGUGAACAUCGUUGUCUUUGAAUUGAAUUAGGGAGAAUCCACUUGAUUUCUAUAGGGAAGGGAAAUUAUUUUGAGAAGAUUCUACCGGUAUCUUCUUUUCAGCUGUUUCCAGCAAACUGUUUAUUUGCUGAGCACCAUCAAAAAAUCUUUUUGCAAUUAGAGCAACGAUUUUGACAUUCGGGUAUUUUCCACAAAACUAUUCAUUUAUUUCACCACUGCCAACAAACAUAAUUUUGGGCAUAAUUCUGAACAAAACUAUUUGUAACAAAAAUAUUACCACUCACCCCCAUAGAAAUCAAAUGGAUGCUCCCUCAGAUACAUAUUGUACAUUAAAUGAGUACAUAUUAUUACUGAAUGAUUGAUUCUUGCUUCUUUCAUUGCUAUGUUUGCUGGAUGUGUGGGGACGGGGGUUUUCAGUGUAGUGAUAUUUAGCCAGUCAUAUCUCCUGCUAUAUGUCAUCAGUUGAUUAACAGUGCUUUCAGUGUUUUGCCUAAGUGCUAUUCAGGCGUGCAACAGUUUGUGUAUUUUGUAUAGAUUACUUUGGGACUGAGUUCAAUAUUUUGUGUAUUUUUAGGAGUUAAUUUUUAAAUGUAGACUGUCAUGUAUUAUAUUUACUGAUGUUUACUCCAUUGUACAAAUUUUCUACCUACAUGUUUACAUUUCAUUUGUGUAAUAGCAGACACAUACUGUCGACAUUUGUACAUGCAUGCUAAAUUGUGUUUUUGAUAAAAAAUUGUCUUGUUUAUAAAACUGAGAAAAAUUAUCUUGAUUAUCUUGGUUCUCAGGUAAAAUUAUACAAUAUGUCAUUUCACUAGCAUAGAUGGACUUGUCAUAUAUAAAGAAACUGACCCCUUUUAUUAAGGGGUGGAUACUGGUUGGAGUGUUACCUUGUCACACUGGAGACCCAAGUUCAUUUACCAUAUUCGCUGUAAUAAGUGCCUGGGGUGGUUAGAAAAUUUACAAAAGGGGCAUUUAUUGAAACCACAAACAAGUUAAAUUUAUUUUCAGAGAUCAAGUGGUAGUGAAUAGAAUUAGUUCAAAUGUUGAUGAAACUAAAACAUUUCUGAUAAUAUAUCCUUGGUAAUUAUGAUCCCCUUGUGUGCUUCUGAUUUGCAUUCAACAAAGACAUUUAGAACUGUGAUGUAAUAUAAAGACUACUUAAGAUUGGUUACAAAGUUGGUCUAGGGAGGGCGAUUUUUUUAGCUGGGAACUUAAUACUGUGAAUAUGGUACCUCCAUAAGUACGGUACAAUUUGUGAAGCCAAUUCUAGGUGCCUCCGUCAUGAUAUGCUGCCAUGUUUCCAAAUGCGGUACAAGCCAACCCAUUUUGCCUGAGAACCAGUUAAUUGUAAACUUCUUUUUUUUUCCUGUUGAUAUCUAUAUCUGUUUCCUUUGAAUUAAUAUUUAGGCUGAUUCUAUUUACCUGUAAAUGAAAUUAAUGUACAAUUAACAAAAUGUGAAAUUUUGUUGUCAACAUGAUGCCCCAUUUUGUUUUAUGGUACCUGUAAUAGAGAGAGCAGCUUGGCAUUGCGUUUGACCACACCCUUGAUAAUAACUUCUCACUUGCUAGCUUUUGAUACACCAAGACAUUAUUUCCAUCAUCAUUACACCAUUAUAUACUAAGACAGUUUUAGUAGAAGCCAUUUCUUUCACUUUUGCCCACAAAAGCACUGUAAAGCCAACUUUAGAGAAUUGGCCAUUUUGUCCAAUAGAAGUAGAGUCCACUUUCAAAUAGGGGUCCAGUAUAAAUAUCUAUUCUCUCCAAUGGAAGGAAGAGACUAUUAUUAGAAGGGGUGCUAAAUUUUAUUUCGUUCUAGGGAGAACCAGGAAAUCUUUUUUGGGUUAGUUGUUGUGUAGCAAAUAAAUUUCUGUUCAAUAGAGAAUCCACACCUUGUUGCCCAAAUGGACUGGUCCAAGUGAUCUGAAGUUGGCUGACCAGUAACACAGUAGCAGCUUAAUGAGCUUUGGCUUGAAAUUUGUUUGAAUUAAACCAGGUUCAAGUGUUAGUCUUUCUGACAUCUCACACUGUCGAUCUACCUUAUAAGACAUACUUGCUUCAUGGGCAAUAAACAAAUUGUGAAUGGUA